ACCGCUUGGAUUGAACACGAUCAUGUUUGCCACAAGAUCCCUGAUCAUUUUUCUUUUCGGCACUUUGCUCGAUUUCCAACCAUUCACUUUGGGCGAUCGUGUCAAUCGAACCUCCGAGCCGAUUGGUUUUCAUAGACAAAAGAAGCUUUUUAGCUUGUUCAACAUCGUUCAAUUCAAGAAUGAUCCGUGUAGUGGAGUUACUCCUGGAGACAAUCGAGGAACUUGCUUGAGCGUCCAGGAAUGUUCGUCUCAAGGGGGAACGUCCGAUGGAAAUUGUGCCUCAGGUUUUGGUGUGUGCUGCUUGUUCAUGAUCACGGGUUGCGGAGGAACUGUGAACAAGAAUUGUACCUACGUGCGCAACACGGGAUUUCCAGGAUCAGAUCCAAAUAACGGUCGAACUUGUUCAGUCACCCUCAAUCGGUUUGCCAAUGACAUUUGCCAAAUAAGGUUGGAUUUCCAGUCUACCACAACACUCCCACUUGGCACUGAUCCAGGUUCUUGCGGUGGAACAGGAGAUAGCUUGUCGGUGAUCAGUCCACAUUCCUCUUCGCAAAACGCUUUUCCACCGGCAAUCUGCGGGAUUCUCACCGGUCAACACAUGUACUUCGAAAGUGGACGGAUGGGAGGAAAUGCGGGCCAAAUCGACAUUUUGCAAGGAUCAGCCGCCGGGGAACGACGAUAUAACGUCAAAGUGACUUACAUCCAUUGCAAUAGCAAAGUCAGAGCUCCGAGCGGUUGUACGCAGUACUUCACAGGAUGCACGGGCACAAUCACGUCCUAUAAUUUCCCUGGCGGGCAAUUGUUGGGAGACCAAGUGUACGGCAAUUGCAUUCGGCAAAACGAGGGUUAUUGCUCUGUCCAGUACUCUGAAACCCCCAUCACCUCUCCGGAUCCAUUCGAUUUAGAUACGGCAGAUCCAGCUGGGGUCCAGGACAACUGCAUGGUCCAAAAUCAUAUCACCAUUCCCAGUCGAGUGAUCGAAGUUCUGAUGUCAGCGACCCCAGGGGAUCAACAGGACGUCGUGACGUCCGUCCCCUCUAUGAGAUGUAACACCGUUUUUGGAAGUGCUCCCAGAACCUCAGUCCCAGGAACAUUAGUGUCCGAGGAAAAUGUCCCAUUUGUGGUGAACUUGCGAACCUUGCCCAGUACCAGUGGACGUUUGGCCACAUUCUCCGGAUUCAGCUUGGAUUACACCCAAGUCCCAUGUUAGGGUUUCUACCGCAUUCAUCUGGAUUGAUGUUAUACCUUCAUAUCAUCGGCUUUUUAUUUGUAACGCAUGCGACUCUUGUAAUGUCAAUCAACGGCUAAUAAAUGUGU